CCACUACUGGGGUGAAGGGGCUGAGCCCAUCUCAGUGGGGCUCAGUGGGGCAGGGAGGGUUCCAGCAAUGGGGUGCAGUGGGUGGCAGGAAGCACCUAGCCCCUUACUCUGCACAGUGGGGUGGGACAGGAUGGGGCCCUGGCAGAGCACUGCCCACCCCUGUGGUACCCACAGCACCAGAUGCUGUGGCAGGACCAGCAAGGAGCUGGGUCCAUUGGGGUGCCCAGUGGGGUGCCCAGCACCAAGUGGGGUGCCCCACUCCCUGCCCCUUCACCCCCCGGCUGGUCCCUACAAGCUCGGGUGGCUCCUUUCUGCCUUGCACCCCAAACUGCCCCCCCCCUUUCCAGGAAGCCGCCUGUGAGGAGGCUGUGGGCAGGAAGGAAGUCACCAAGGGGAGUUUUGACUCUCUCCUUUCCUCAUAGGCUCUGAGCAGCAGCUUACACAGCCCCAGAACCCCGGCCAGGACCCUGAUCCAGGAAUCCUGACUGCAGAACCCCAAUCCAGGAGCCCUGAUCCAGUGGCACAGCCCAGAGCCAGACCCAUUCCUCAGGGCCAGAGCACUCGGGAGCAGCCUCCACCAUGGCCCCGCUGGGUGAGGAGACCCCCCUGAUCGGGGAGCGCUCCUGCAGCCUCUCCUCAACUGAGACUGGCACCCUCCAAGUGUACCUGUACCACCGGGUGCCCCCUGGCGCUGCUGGUGUCCUCACUUUCACCUUCGGCGAGUACACGGCCGAGGAGCUCUGUGUGCACGCUGCCAGAGCCUGCGGUGUGCUGCCCAUUUACCACCCGCUCUUCUCCCUGGCCACUGAGGACCUGAGCUGCUGGUUCCCUCCCAACCACCUCUUCAAUGUCGAUGAGUCCUGCAGCCAGGUCGUGGUAUACAGGAUCAGGUUCUUGUUCCCCAGCUGGUGUGGGCUGGGGCAGUCCCACCGUUUCCAGCUGCUGAACGACCGGGCCAGCCCUGUCCUGGACUACCCCGUCAUUGAUUACCUUUUUGCCCAGUCCCGCAGUGACUUUAUCGGGGGCCGCAUGGCCAUGGUGCUGAGCCUGCCCCAGCAGGAGGAGUGCCUGGGCCUGGCUGUGCUGGACAUGCUGCGCAUCUCCAAGGAGAAGCACCAGAGUCCCAGCGAGGUCUUCAGCCAUGUCAGCUACAAGUCCUGCAUCCCGGUGCCGCUGCGGUGCCAGAUCCAACAGCAUAGCUUCCUCACCCGCAAGCGCAUCCGGCACCGCUUCAGCAAAUCCCUGCGGAAGCUCGGGGGCUGCCAGACUGAUGGGUGCUGCCUGAAGCUCAAGUACCUGCUGGACCUGGAGCGGCUGCAGCGGCGCUGGGCUGAGGAGAGCUUCCUUGUGCGCACUAGCGGCUCUGCCACAGACAUCACCAUCCAUGUGGCCGGUGAAAACGGCAUCUUCUGGAGCUGCAGCGGCUCCGAGAGCCGACAGCACUUCUGUGACUUCCCCGACAUCGCCGACAUCAGCAUCAAGCAGGCGAGUGGGGACGGGGUCGCUGUGGAGAACCGCGUUGUCACCCUCACCAAGACAGACAACCGGGUGCUGGAGGUGGAGUUCCCCUCUUUGCGGGACGCAUGCUCCUUCGUGACCCUCAUCGACGGCUACUACCGACUGACGGCCGAUGCCCACCACUACUUCUGCAAAGAGGUGGCCCCCCCCCGGCUCCUGGAGGACCUGGAGAACCAGUGCCAUGGGCCCAUCAGCUCCGAGUUCGCUGUGAACAAGCUGAAGAUGGCCGGGAGCCAUCCGGGGCUGUUCCUGCUACGCCGCAGCCCACAGGACUUUGACAGCCUCCUGCUGACCGUGUGCACCGAGACACUCUCCGGCCGGGACUACAAGCGCUGCCUGAUCCGCAGGGACAAGGACGGGAGCUGGGGGCUCUCGGGGAUGCCGCGGCGGUUCUGCAGCCUGCGGGAGCUGCUGGGCACCUAUAGGCACUGUGGGCUGCAGGCGGAGGGUGCCCCCAUGAGCCUGGCUGCCUGCUGCCCCCCCCAGCCCAGAGAAAAGUCGAACCUGCUGAUCGUGCGGAGCAGCUGCCCCCACCCCCCCAGCUCCCCCUGCGCUCCCCACCGCAGCCUCAACCAAAUGAUGUUCCACAAGAUCGACCCCCAGAGCCUUGUUCAGGGCGAGAGCCUGGGGCAGGGCUCCUUCACCCACAUCUACAAGGGCAUCAAGCGGGACCAGGGGGAGGACGGGUGCCACCAGACCACGGUGGUGCUCAAGGUGAUGGACAGCAGCCACCAUAACUGCUCUGAGUCCUUCCUGGAGGCCGCCAGCAUCAUGAGCCAGCUCUCCCACAAACAUCUGGUCCUGCUGCACGGCGUCAGCCUUGGGAAGGACAGUAUCAUGGUGCAGGAGUACGUCAGGUAUGGACCGCUGGAUCUCUACCUGAAGAAGAAUCAAGGUGAGGGCAAGGUGACGACGAGCUGGAAGCUGCAGGUGGCCAAGCAGCUGGCGUAUGCCCUCAACUACCUGGAGGACAAGAAAAUCACGCACGGCAACAUCUCAGCUAAGAAGGUGCUGCUGACGCGGGAGGGGGAUGUGGCCAGCGGCAGCCUCCCCUUCAUAAAACUCAAUGACCCUGGAGUCAGCGUCUCCAUCCUGACCAAGGACAUGCUGGUGGAGCGCAUCCCCUGGCUGGCCCCCGAGUGCCUCCGGGACCCCAAGAGCCUGGCUCUGCCCGCGGACAAGUGGAGCUUCGGGGCGACCCUCUGGGAGAUCUUCAGUGGUGGGAACAUGCCCGUGAGCCUGCUGGAGCCCCAGAAGAAGCUGGAUUUCUAUGCGAGUAACCUCCAGCUCCCUGCACCCAAGUGGACUGAGCUGGCCACGCUCAUCGCGCAGUGCAUGGACUAUGAGCCCUGGUGCCGGCCCUGCUUCCGUGCCCUCAUACGCGACCUCAACAGCCUCAUUACCUCCGACUAUGAACUGCUCUCGGACCUGUCCCCUGCUGAUGCGGUGCUGCGGGACAGCUUCUGGGGGUGCGAGCCCCUUGCCAUGUGCCAGGACCCCGCAUGCUUUGAGGAGCGGCACCUCAAGUACAUCUCACUGCUGGGCAAGGGUAACUUUGGGAGCGUGGAGCUGUGCCGCUAUGACCCUCUGGGUGACAGCACGGGUGAGCUGGUGGCUGUGAAGAAGCUGCAGCAGGAUUCGGCCAAGGAGCUGAGGGACUUUGAGAAGGAAAUCCAGAUUCUGCACUCGCUGCAGCACGACUUCAUCGUCCAGUACCGGGGGCUCUGCUACAGCCGGGGAUGCCGCAGGCUGCGGCUGGUGAUGGAAUACCUGCCCAACGGCUGCCUGCGGGACUACCUGCAGAAGAACCAGCCCCGCCUGGACCACAGGGCCCUGCUCCUCUACGCCUGGCAGAUCUGCAAGGGCAUGGAGUACUUGGGCGCGCAGCGUUGUGUGCACAGGGACCUGGCCAGCAGGAACAUCCUUGUGGAGAGUGAAACCCAUGUCAAGAUUGGGGACUUCGGGCUGGCCAAGCUGCUGCCAAAGGACAAGGACUAUUACGUGGUGCGGGAGCCCGGCCAGAGCCCCAUUUUCUGGUAUGCACCCGAGUCCCUGUCGGACAAUGUCUUCUCUCAAGCAUCCGACAUCUGGAGCUUUGGGGUCCUCCUCUAUGAGCUCUUCACCUACAGCAACAAGAUCAGGAGCCCCUCAGAGGAGUUCCUCCGCAUGAUGGGCACUGAGAAGACGGCGCAGAUCAUCUGCCACUUGCUGGAGCUCCUCAAGGACAACAGGUGCCUCCCGGCACCAUGUGGCUGUCCUGAGGCGGUCUACGCACUGAUGCUGACUUGCUGGGCCUUCACCCCCAGUGCCAGACCCACCUUUGGAGAGCUGGUCCCCAGGAUUGAGGUGCUGCGGGAUGGACGGAGCAAACUCUGAGGGAAGUGACCCCAGUUCCCCCCAUCCCUCCCCAGCACCAGGCGCACAGCAUGUGGAUGCUUCACUUGGCUUUACUGGCUACAGGGACACGCUCCCCAUCACCCUCCCCAUGUAGUGCCACUCUGGCUCCCCCUUUUUCCCCCUCUUCUGCCUGUCACUAACUCCACCACAGUGGGAUUUGGGGUUCUAGUAAAGUUUGGUUUGUUUGCUUUCCA